ACAUUUUCAAUUAACUCAAUGCAACUAACUUAAUGAAGUGAUUGUGUUUGUCUCUUUUCACUUGCAGUCGUUUGUGAAUUCAGGUGUACAUCUACGAAGCGCGUAAGUCGAACUUUUCGAAUAGUAAAAUGUAUGAAAUUUUGGUAAUGCGUGGAUCCUUGGCUGGCCAUACCAACUGGGUCACCCACAUCGCUACAAGCACACAGGAUCCUGAUUUGAUUGUAACAUCAUCGCGUGAUAAGACGCUUGUUGUUUGGCGAUUGAUUCGUGAGAGCGAGAACAAUUAUGGCAUCCAACUCCGGCGUCUUUAUGGCCAUGCCCAUUUUGUCAGCGACGUCGUGCUUUCAUCUGACGGUAAUUAUGCGCUCUCUGCAUCGUGGGAUAAAAAUUUACGUCUGUGGGAUUUGGCCACUGGUAGAUCUACUCGCCGUUUCGAGGGACACACUAAGGAUGUUUUGUCUUGUGCUUUUUCGGCUGAUAAUCGUCAAAUCGUUUCUGGUGGGCGCGACAAGACUAUUAAGUUGUGGAAUACUCUAGCUGAAUGUAAAUACACCAUCGAUGAAGAUGGUCACAAUGAUUGGAUUUCAUGUGUACGCUUCUCGCCAAAUCUGGCCCAUCCUUUGAUAGUUUCAGCUGGUUGGGAUCGUACGGUUAAAGUUUGGAAUUUAACCAAUUGCACUUUGAAGAACAAUCUUAAAGGUCAUAAUGGUUUUGUUAAUACCGUUACGGUUUCGCCUGAUGGUUCGCUCUGCACUUCUGGCGGCAAGGACAGUCGUGCUCUAUUGUGGAACUUAAAGGAUGGCAAAAACUUGUAUACUUUAGAGCAUGCCGAAAUGGUAAAUGAUGUGUGCUUCUCACCAAAUCGUUACUGGUUGUGCGUUGCACAUGGUACAACGAUAAAAGUUUGGGAUUUGGAUCGCAAGAGAACUGUUGAAGAGUUGCGUCCAGAUAUUGCACCGGUCAAGCUACAUCAUGUUCAACCGGAAUGUUUGUGUUUGACUUGGUCACCCGAUGGUCAAACUUUAUACGCCGGAUAUUCCGAUGGCAUUGUGCGCAUUUGGCAAGUUUCCAUUUGCAUUUAAAACAACAUUGCGUUCAUUAUUAAUUAAAUCAAUAAAUAAUUAUUGUA